CGUUUGUUUCCUACAUUAAACAACUGCAACUACCUCACUCGAAAUGUUCAAAUAUCUGUUGAUCGUCGCCCUGAUUGGCCUGGUUGCCGCUGUGGACUCUAAUGAGAAGGCUGAGGAACUUCUGCGCUCUGACGAUGUGCGUCCAGAUGGCUUCGAGACCAAACUGAAGAUUAGCAAUGGUAUUGAGCAAGAACAGAGCGGUGAUGUGCACGGAAACUCAAAGGGAUCCUUCAGCUGGAUCAGCGAUGAUGGCGUGCACGUUGAGGUUAAGUACGUGGCUGAUGAGAACGGCUACCAGCCCAGCAGUGACCUGCUGCCCACCUCACCCCCAAUCCCGGACGAGAUCAAGCGCUCUCUUGAAUGGAUCGCUGCCCAUCCCAACAAGGAACUGUCGAAAUAUGAUUGAACAACUAUUGACCCUCUCCCCUAAGCAAUAACCUUGUACAUUUCUUGUUCAUGCAGCUUACUCAAAUGGUUCAGUAGCAAAAGAAAUAUACGAAG